AUGGGUGGAGCUGGUGUUGCCUCGACUGCUGGUGGUUCCGGUGGUUUGGCAGGAUCGCUCAGUGCCUCGAUGACUAUGGGCAAACGUGCAUCCACACACAUCGGAAAUCAAGCACAGAAUCUGACGAAAACCUAUCAACUCGAUGAGAAAUCGAGUUACUCCACUGUGUUUCUUGCGAUCUGUCAGUUGUUUGGAAUCAGCAAAGAGAUGUCCGGUGAAUAUGUCCUGCAGAUCGACUCGACCAAGAAGUACUUGAAUUGGCCACACGAAGCCGACGAAAGCAAGACCAAACCAAUCGUUAAGUUCUUGGUGGAGUCUGGUGAGAGUUCACUGCUGCUCAAGCUGAAUCCAAACUACCGGGCAGAGUGUUGGGUGAAUGCGAUGCACUCUACCGACGGCAGCAGCAGUGAGAAAGACAUCAUAUUCCACUUGAAAUUCAAGUUGGCCGAGCCAGAGUUUGCCGAGUCGUUUAUCAAACUCGGUGGAAUGGAUGGAAUUCUGAGGAUGGUAACAUCGGCGCGUGGAAACACUCAGACCUAUGCACUUGGCACGCUCCGUGCUUGCUUGGAGUAUGUCAGCGGUAUGGACGUCAUCACCAAGACACCGGCGCUAAUCAAGCAGUUGUUCUCGUUGAUCGAUUCUCCGGUGGUCGGUGUCUGUCGUGGUUCACUCGAGUUGCUGUUUGUACUGUGCAGUUUCCGUGGUGAGGAAGGUUUCCAAUCGGUUCAUCUCGCUGCCAAGUCGACGGCACAGACGGCCAACUCUAAACCAUACGCCAACCUGGUGAGAUUAUUGGAUGCCGGUGAUCUAGAGACUAAAAUCAAUGCAUUUACACUUCUCAAUGUGUUGUUAGACACCUGUCCAGAGGAAAAGAAUGAGAAACUCGUCAAAAAGUGGGGAGAUCUUGGAUUGCAUGACAAGUUGCGUUCACUCGUCGAGAUUCAACACAAGGAAUUCCAGAUUCAAUUGGAACUAUACGAAGAUAAUGCAGGUAUAAAACUCAGAACUAAAGCAUCGAGAUUGGAAGAGAUUUGCAAACGUUUGAAAGCACGUCUAAACGACUAUGAAGCACAACAACCAUUGAUAGCAAUUCUCAAAGAAGAACUCAAACUUAAUCAACAUCUAAUUAAAGAAGCAUCAAAUGAUAGAUUGUUUUUAAAUUCACACCCAGUACAAAGAUUCUUGGGACCAUUAAAUUCAAGUUAUCCAGUUGAUUUAUCAUUUUUAAGAACAACAGUUGUAGAACGUGAAAGAAUAGCAGAGUUUGAAAAGAAAAUUAAUAUGUUGGCGGAACAACUGAAGCAGGAGUUGAAACAAUCGGAAGAGUUUAAGAAUCAAGUUAUUACCAAUAAGAAAGCAUAUGAUACAGCGAUAUCAGAGAUGAAUGAAGAGAAUCAGAGAUUGACACACGCAGAGAUCAAGUCUAAAUUGGAAAUCGAUCAAAUGAAAUCAAAGUUGUCGUCACUCGAACAACAGGCCGGUACAGUGGAUGGCGACAUUGUAGCACUCUACAAAGAAGCGCAAUUGGAGAUUCAGAGAUUGCGACUGUGUAUCGAUGAAGGACUACCACCAAGACAAGCGAUCAUCGGUGAAUCUCUGGCAGAUGGAUUGAUGAAUCAACCCGACAAAGUGUCACUGCUCACCACACCACCACCUUCGCCAACGGUUGGUCCACUCGAUGAAACAUCGGUUGGACUGGCUGCACCUGAAGGUGGUCCUCCACCUCCUCCACCUCCUCCCCCUGGCGGACUGGGUGGCGGUCCUCCUCCCCCACCUCCACCACCUCCCCCCGGUGGAGGAAAGAAGGGUGCGCCCGCUGGUCCAGCUGCGAUCCAACCCACCAAGCCAGUAAUCAACCCAUCAACUAAAAUGAAGCCAUUAUAUUGGAAACGUGUAAUUCUACCACCCUCUGGUAGAACCGAAUCACUUUGGGAUCAAGUUUUGGAACCAACUUUUAAUUCACAGGAUUUCGAGGAGUUGUUUUGUCAAAAGAAGAAAGCAACAACCUCCUUUGAGAAAUCAGAUAUGGACGGUGAGAAUGCCGGCGCCGCUCCAACCAAGGAGGAAAAGAUCAAGCUGGUCAGUUUAAUCGAUAUUAAGAAAUCAAAUUCUAUUGCUUUUAUGUUGGCCAAGUUGCCACCAGUCGACCAACUAAAGACGAUGAUUGACAAUUUCGAUGGCACCAAACUCGAUAAGGAAAUUCUAAAGACACUGCUCUCCAACGUUCCAGAGGAGGCAGACUAUCAAAUGAUAAAGGCAAGCGAGUUGCCACCAGCGAAAUUGGAUCGUCCCGAGCGAUGGAUUCUCGAGAUGUACGGAACACCGGCACUCAAAGAACGACUGCGAUGCUGGUUGUUCAAGCUGGAACUACCAGAGCAGCUGACAGCGAUUAAAUCGACACUGGAGAGUCUAUCGACCGCAGUAUCGACAACCAAGAAUUGCGAGAAUCUACGGCGUAUUUUCGGUAUUGUAUUGGUACUUGGUAACUACAUGAAUGGUGGAUCGAAUCGUGGACAGGCCGAUGGUUUCCAACUGGAGAUUCUCGAUAACUUGUCGACAACCAAAGACAUUGAGAACAAGAUGACUCUACUCGACUAUGUUUGCAAGAUGGCAUUAGAUAAAUACCCAAAGGCAGCUGGACUAGCAGACGAAUUGGAACCACUGCGUUCCGUUCAAAUGUCGAUCCAAGAUAUCGCUGCAGACAUUGGUGAGCUGGACGGAUCACUCACCCAAGUGAAAGCAGCAAUGACCAAAGCCGUAGAGCAACUAAAGAAUAAUGAAAAGCUGGAUCGUCUCAUGGGUACGUUCUUGGAGGAAUCAGAGUCAUCGAUCAAGAAGCUCAAGGAACAACAGAAAUCGGUAGUCGAGUCAUUCCACACACUCAUUGAAUUCUUUGGAUAUCCAAAGUCUGCAGCAUCCACUGUAACAUGUCAACAAUUUUUCGGAGCAAUCUUUGCGUUUGCCUGUCAAUUCAGCAAGGUAUUCCAAAAGAUCGAAAGAGAAAGCAAACAAAACAAAACGAAUCAAACCAAUUUGGGUGCUGGUGAAGGUAAAAAGAUUGCCGGUGGUAAUGACCCUCUGGCGGCAUUGGCCAACGCAAUCAAGAUGGGUCAAGGUGGUCUCAGAAAGAAACCAAACGCAUCAUUACUCAAUGUAAAUUAA